AUGGGCGCGGAUAUCGGAGAUGAAGGAGAGCAGGUCGAAGUUGCCCUGUCGCCGAAUGUAGCGAGCAUCAGUCUAGCGACCGACGUUGAGCCUCUCUACGGUUGGGUUGUUUGCAUAAGUCUCCACUUCAUAAACGCUUUUACUUGGGGUGUCAUUGCUAGCUUUGGCGUCUACCUAUCGUACUACAUCAGUCACGAAACCUUUAUUGGCACGACAAACCUAGAAUUUACCUUUGUAGGAGGAGCCAAUUUCGCCGCUGCCAUGUUAUGUACCCCAACAGUCAAUCUCUGCAUACGCCAGUUCGGAACUCACGUUCCAAUGUAUUGCGGAUGCUUCCUGUUUGCUGGGGGCUUUAUCGCAGCUUCGUUUGCGGUCGAGUUUUGGCAACUGGUGCUGAGUCAGGGAGUCCUUGUCGGACUUGGAACCGGCUUUGUUUGGUUACCCGCGACUCCGCUCCUCCCGCAGUGGUUUAACAGGAACCGGAGCCUUGCACAAGGUAUCGCUGCUGCAGGUUCGGGAAUCGGUGGUAUUGUAUGGAGCUUUUCAAUCGUGCCAAUGAUUGAGAACCUGUCACUUGCCUGGUCGCUACGAAUCACCGGAAUGGUAUCUUUUGUCGUCUUGCUCGUUGCCUCUUUCCUUAUCAGAGAUCGAAAUGAGAAGAUCAGGCCAAGGAUAAAAGCUAUCGACUGGGAUUUGUUGAAGAGGUACAAUGUCUGGUUAUUGGUCGGGUAUACCUUCUUUUCGAUACUGGGGUAUAUCGUUUUCAUCUACACACUUUCCGCUUUCGCAUUGUCUUUGGGCCUGACGCAGAGCCAGGCUGGCAUCAUAACCGGAAUGUUAAACGUGGGUACUGCCAUUGGAAGACCGUUCAUUGGAGUCGUCAGUGAUCAUUAUGGAAGGAUCACGACUGCUACUGCCUUGACAGCAUCGAACUGUCUAAUGGCAUUUGCCAUCUGGAUCCCUACCAAUUCCUAUGGUCUGCUAAUCUUUCUUGGUCUUGUCAGUGGGGCGACAAGUGGAAUCUACUGGGGCACCAUUGCACCACUGUGUGCCGAGGUAGUUGAUCUCAAGGAGCUUCCAUCAGGACUGGGCCUGAUGUGGCUGUCUGUUUCGAUGCCCUCAUUCUUUUCUGAAGCGAUCGCCCUCGAGAUCAGGCGACCAGAGUCAGGGCGACCCUACCUGUGGCCACAGAUAUACACCGGCUUGGCGUUUCUCGUUGCCAGUCUUCUUCUCCUAGAACUUCGACGGCAGAAAUGGGGCUGGCGAAGGGAACGGCAUCGCUAA